GGAGAAGAAGAAAAAAUGAAGUUUGGCAAGGUGGAGUUCUGCCAUUUUUUGCAGAUAAUAGCGCUUUUCCUCUGUCUUUCUGGGAUGAGUCAAACAGAACUCCCUAGAUCCAGGUCAAAGCCCUAUUUCCAAUCUGGGAGAUCACGAACCAAACGCAGCUGGGUGUGGAAUCAGUUCUUUGUGCUGGAGGAAUACAUGGGAAAUGAUCCCCUCUAUGUAGGAAAG